GGACGUACCUGGGGAAAUGGACGCUAGAAGAAAACACUGGAAGGAGAAUAUGUUUGCUCCUUUCUUUAGUGCACAGGAUGUUCUAGAUGAGGCUUCUCAACCUGAAUCUUCUUUUGAACAAAUGACUUUAGAUAAGGCCAGUAGAAUAGAAGGAAUUUAUAAUUUGUCUAGUAGAAAGUUUCAAGAAGAAAAUAAAUUUAAGAGGAAAGAAUUUGUUUCUCAACUAAAUGAAAAAGAACAAGAACCAAAUUUAAGAGAGAGAAAGAUAAACAUUUCAAAAAACGAAGCAGACACAAAUUCUGUCUCCUGUGACUCAUCUAAUUUGGAUGUGGUGACCGAAGAAAGCUUUAACAGCACAGAAGACCAUUCUACCUGGAGUACAAAGGAAUUACCAAUCCUACCACGACCAGACAUAAAGAAGAAAUUUACCGGUGGAAUGUCUCCAAAACUUCACCUGAAUCUUUUGAAUGAAGAACUGGAAGAACUUAACAUGAAAUGCAGGAAAAUAGAAGAGGAAUUUGAAAAUGCUGAAAAAGAACUUUUGAACUCCAAAAAAGAAGUCUCCGCAAAACCCCUCAAAUUUCAGGAAACAGGGGGAGAAAUUUCGAAGAAAGACUGGGAGCUUCAAGCUUUAAGAAAUGACCUAUCCGAGAAAGCGACAAACGUCCAGAACCUGACCGAAGAGCUCCAGCAAGCCAAAGAACUCAUCCACAGGCUGAGCCUAGAGAACCGAGAUUUAAAAGAGGCCGUUAGGAAACUCAAGCGUCAGACAGAGAUUAGAAACGCACUCCUGAAGGAAGAGAUGAAACUGUAUUAUGAGCUAGAGAUGGAAAAGAUCCGCGGGGAGCUGAACGCCAUCAAGAACGAGCUGAGAGCCGAGAAGACCCUGCAAGCAAGAAAUAACAGGGCCCUGGAGUUGCUGAGGAAACACUUUGCUUCCGUGACGUCAUCAAGCACCCUGGACAGCUUGACGGAGAAUUUUUUUUAA